AUGGAAAAACAAUACCUUGACUUAUUGGAUGAAAUAAUGAAAAAUGGGGCCAACAAAUCUGACCGAACCAGAGUUGGAACCAAGGUCUUGUUUGGCUGCCAAAUGCGAUUCGACCUUCGUCAAGGUUUGGCCGAAUUUAGAGAAAAAAUUAAAAACGAUAAUGGGUUUGCUAAAAAAUAUGGUGAAUUAGGUCCGGUUUAUGGUGUGGACCAGUUAAAAGAGUUAGUGGAAAAUCUAAAAAAUAAUCCUUUUUCUCGCCUGCCGUUUAAUAUUGCUAGUUAUAGUUUACUGACUGCCAUGCUAGCCCAAGUUUGUGGUUAUGAAGUAGGAGAAUUUAUUCACGUUAUUGGUGACGCUCAUAUUUAUUUGAACCACCGCGAGCAAGUACAAGAGCAGUUAGGCCGCAAACCCAAAAAAUUACCAACCCUCAAACUCAAUCCUUCAAUAAAAUCGCUUUUUGAUUUUCGUUUUGAAGAUAUUGUUUUGGAAAAUUAUGAGCCUUAUCCGGCCAUUAAAGCCCAAUUAGAAGUAGUCAAAGAUACUUUUCAUAAUUGUUUGGAGGCAUUUGAGGAGUAUAUGGAAAAAUUAAGCAUUCCCGAUAUUAAAAGGCAGAUUUAUCGCCGAACCAUUGCUGACAGUAAUGACACGAGAGAAGGGUUUGAGGAUUUAUUUUUGACCCAAUUACUUCUUGACCGCGACUUAUUGAGAAAAAUCGGCGGUGGUGCGUUGAGACAUUUAAACCACCCUCACGAAUUACCAGAAGUUAAUAUCACCGGCGGGAGCGAAAGUGGCUGGAAAAAAUUCGAAGAAAUUACUAAUUCUCUUUCAGCAACCGAAAAAGACAAUUUUCACUUCUAUCAAGGUGAAUACUGA